AUGGCUCCUCGGGGCGAGCGCGAGUGCGGCGUGCUGUGCCGCUACUUCUUCCAGCAGAUGCUGCUGGAGGCGGACGACGCGCGGCUGGAGGAGUUCGCGUCGUCGCUGCUGCUGUCCGCGCGCCCGACGCUGGGCGAGCUGCGCCGCAAGUUCCCGUUCGAGGGCGCGUACCACUUCCGCCUCCAGGUCGACCUGGACGCCAGUACCUACUGCUGGAGGGACCUCACGGACGAGAGCCGCCCGCUGCCCGUGGCCAGCAGCGGGGAGAUCCGCGUCAAGCCCGUGCAGGAGGAGCUCGUGGACGUGCCCGAGGACCGACAGUUCGGCGCCUUCUUCCACUGGCAGAACAAGCCGCAGGUGGAGCAGGGCUACCCCAUGCCGCAGCCUCAGCAGCACCAAAAGCAGCACCAGCAGGACGUGGGCAGCGUGCUCUUCGGCGUCAAGAAGGCGCUGGCCUCCAAGAUGAAGGGCUCGGCCGUGGCGCAGACGCUGCAGAAGCACUCGGCGCAAAUGUGGGAGAAGGUCACGGCCGCCGCGGGCGUGGGAGGGGCCUCAGGCAACGCGCCGCCGACGGCCGCGUCCUUGGCGCAGCUCGCGAAGCUCAUUGGAGCCAUGAAGGCCCCGCUGCAUCCGGGCAACCCCGAGCAUGUCGAGAUGCUGCAGCGACUCUGGACCUCGUGCUUCGACACGCAGCCGUUCGCCAUGACGAGCGCGGAGUGGAAUCGACUGGGCUUCCGCCACGGAGACCCCGUGAGGGAGUUGCAGUUUUUGCUGCCGCUGCAGUGCCUCGUAUUCUUCCAUGAGGUGCAUCGCACCGUGGCUCUCCCCAUUCUGAACGACCAGAGCGGACCGGAAGCCUACUCCUACGCGAUGGUUGGGUCCCAGAUCACGUACGUGCUGUUGGACCUGCUGCAGCUGAGAGAUGGAGGCUGUCUGGGAUCCGAGCGGCCGUUCUGGAGGCUGUUUGAAGACCCGAUGGCGUUCUUCGAGCUCUUCUGCAUCUCGUUCCGGGCCUUCGAUGCAUCCUGGAAGCUCAACUCGACCAACUCGUCCGACAUCAGCUUCCACCUCAACUACGUUGGCGACUUCGCGCAGGAGCUGCUUCGUCGGGGCCCCGAGAACGUGGCCAGUCUCGUCGAGCACGCCUACCAGUUGCAGAACUGCUAUGUAGACACACACGAAUCCAACUGA